AUGCCUAUUUCAUGUUUAAUUUGGAAUGUUCAAGGGGCGGGAAGUCGUGCCUUUAUGGCUGCGUUAAAAGAAAUUCUAAAAAGGAAUAAGCCUAAUAUUGUAGUGUUGGUUGAGACCCAUAUGAGAGGUGACCACGCGGAAAAACUUGCUAGGGUUAUUGGUUUUAGUGGUCACACUAGAGUCGAUGCAGUUGGUUUCUCUGGUGGAAUUUGGGUUUAUUGGCGUCAAGAAGAGGUCACUGUUGACCUUAUCAUAAAGCAUGAUCAGUUUAUUACUAUGAAUGUGACUCGCGUAGGUUCGUUUCCUUGGUACUUUACUGCAAUAUAUGCGAGCCCGGACCCGACUAAGAGGCAAAACCUCUGGACUGAACUAAGGGAAUUUGCGCACCAUAUGAAGGAGCCAUGGCUCCUUGCAGGGGAUUUCAACGAGACCCGCUACCCAUCUGAGAGAAGUAGUGCUUGCCACGAAACCACUCGGUGCUCUCAAUCCUUCAAUACAUGGAUAGAUGAUUUAGAAUUAAUUGAAGUUGAAUUUUCUGGGUCCCUUCACACUUGGGCUCGAGGCUUAACUCCGGAUACUCGUCAGAGUGCUCGGUUAGACAGGGCCCUUUGCAAUGGUCCUUGGGGUUUAAUGUUUGAAAAUGCUAAGCUUCGCCACCUUCCGGCUAUCCAAUCUGAUCAUACUCCCCUGCUCAUUUCCCCUAAUGGGUUUAUUCCACUUCAGAGUAUUCCCAGGCCUUUAAGUUUCAAGCGACGUGGAUGUCUCACGAAUCUUUCAGAUCUUUUUUAG